AUGCACUUUGGUAUAUUAUCUUGGUUUUAUGCUGUUGUUAGUACUAAAACUUUAGGAUUGCAAACUAAAGCCAAAACCAAGGAAUCUGAAUUUGAAAAACCAAUAAAUUCAGCAUCAGCAGGUGACAUUACUAAAGCUGCAGAAGCUGCACUAAAGUUGGAGCGUGAAAGAUUAAAAAAGUUGGAAGACUUGGAUGAAGGAAACAAGGCAUUAGGAUUGAAUGUAAAUAAGGAGCUUUCUACUGGUGUGAAAAAGUUAUUGAGGGAAUCGUCUGGCCAGUACAGCGACUUCAGUAUUCUUUCCUCUUUAAAUUCUUAG